GCGCAUCGCAUGCACAUGCCACCGAAGCGCGCUCCGGCGAGAUUGUAAUUAGUCCGGCUCCCGAGAAAACAACCUCCAACUCAUCGGGCGCGCGCUCCACGCGACUACACACGGACUCCUCGCGCCGUCGUCUGUCUGAACUUUGCAUUCUGUUAUCGGCGGGCGCGCAGUGUGCGACGCUGGGCGAAUAAAAAUAAAAAUAUUCACGCAUCGGUAGCAGUACGCCACAGAACGCACACGACUCACGCGACCGACGGCCGACGUGGAACACAACACGCGACGAGAGACGCGUUCGUUCGUUCUGUGUGUUUAAGUUCUCUUGUGGUUUUUUUUUUUUGGUUUCUUAUUUUUCCUUCGAGCGCGAAGAGAACAUUCAGUUGCCUACGCGCUACACCGCGUAGCCCACUUGGCCGGUGAGACUCGCAGGCGAGGAAGCCGCCGCGCCGUCGGAAGCCCCCAGCUCAGUGCGCGGUUGUGAUCCAGUGCGAUAGCGACACCAAAGAACACAGAAUGCAGCAGAUGCGCAACAUCGUGGAGGACAUGGAGCAGUACCUGCACUACAUCGGCGGAGGGGCGGGCGCGCUCGCCCUUACCGGUGUCGCCGCCGCCUCCGCCUUCUACCUAGCCAGCAGGCCCUCGUCAGAACGAUUGCUUUGGCCCAACGAAGAUCAGACUAUUAUCGAGGGUUCGGAGCUGAUUCGCGUCUCGCGUUUCUCCAAGGACUGCAAGGACGGAAAGUUCCUGAAGUAUCUCUACGAGGACGCCCAGACGCUCUACGAGUGCUUUCGACGCGGCGCGAAGGUCUCCAACAACGGGCCAUGCCUAGGCUAUCGGGAGUCAUACUCCAAGCCCUAUCAAUGGAUCCACUACAACGAGACGCUGCUGCGCGCGAAGAACUUCGGCUCCGGCCUUGUCUCGCUCGGGCUGCAGCCGGGCCCGAAUACAUUUAUCGGCAUCUAUUGCCAAAACUCGCCCGAGUGGAUCCUCACCGAGCAGGCCACUUACUGCUACAGCAUGGUACUUGUCCCACUGUACGACACCCUCGGCCCCGACGCCUGUGCCUUCAUCAUUAAGCAAGUGGAUAUGAGUGUGGUCGUGGUGGAUGACGACGCCAAGUGCAACCUGCUCUUGGAGCGUGCCCCAAAAUGCCUGCGUAAGGUGAUUGUGGUGAAAGAGGUGCGCGCUGCGACGAAACAGCGCGCAAAGAAUCGCGGUGUGGAGAUUCUACGCUUUGCCGACGUGGAAACGCUCGGUACCAAGCAUAACCAUCCCGAGCUGCCGCCGAAACCCUCCGACCUGUGCACCAUCUGUUACACGAGUGGUACCACCGGUAACCCGAAGGGUGUGAUGCUGACGCAUGAGAAUGUCGUGGCGUCGAUUGCGGGUGUACUUCUUCAGAUGGGCGACCAUCGUCUGCGCACGGACGACGUGCUCAUCUCGUUCUUGCCCUUGGCGCACAUGUUGGAGCGCUGUUGCGAGAACUCCUGCUACAUGGAAGGCGGUGCAGUCGGCUUCUACUUGGGAGACAUACGCCGCCUGUCCGAUGAUAUGAAGGCCCUGCAACCGACGGUCACUCCGGCCGUACCACGACUCCUCAACCGCAUCUACGAUAAGAUCCAGAGCGAGGUGAACCGCUCGUUCGUCAAGAAGAUGCUUUUCAAUAUGGCGAUGAGUACCAAGGAGAAUGAGCUGAAGCGCGGCGUGCUGCGUAAGAACAGUUUCUGGGAUCUGCUGGUGUUCCGCAAGGUGCAAGAGGGUAUGGGCGGACGACUGCGUAUGAUGCUGGUGGGCUCAGCGCCGCUCGCUGAAAACGUGCUGACAUUCACGCGCUGCGCGCUUGGGUGUCUCGUGAUCGAGGGCUACGGACAGACGGAAUGUUGCGCGCCCAUCACGCUCACCGUUCAGGGUGACCAUACGCCCGGACAUGUUGGUCCGCCGGUUGCCUGUUGUUGCGUUAAACUUGUCGAUGUGCCUGAGAUGGAGUACUGGGCGCGCAAUAAUCAAGGUGAGAUUUGUGUCAAAGGCACCAACGUCUUUGCCGGCUACUAUAAGGAUGCCGAGCGCACGCAGGAGACCAUCGAUGAGGGUGGUUGGCAUCAUACUGGUGAUGUCGGUAUGUGGCUGCCCAACGGCUGCUUGAAGAUCAUCGAUCGCAGGAAGCACAUCUUCAAGCUGUCGCAGGGCGAGUACAUUGUACCAGAGAAGAUUGAAAACAUCUACAUUCGGUCGCAAUACGUCCAGCAAGUGUUUGUACAUGGAGAGUCUCUGAAGAGCUGCAUAGUGGCGAUUGUUGUGCCGGAUGUGGACGUGAUCAAGUGCUGGGCACAGGAGACGGGCAUCCCCGGCACGUUGAGCGUGCUGUGCGCGCACCCAGAGGUCAAACAGCUCAUCAUGGACGACAUGAUUACCUGGGGCAAGGAGGGCGGUCUUAAGUCAUUCGAACAGGUGAAAGAUAUUUACUUACAUCCGGAUCCGUUCAGCGUGCAGAACGGCCUGUUGACGCCAACGCUGAAGUCGAAGCGGCCUCAGAUCAAGUCGUACUUCACGCCCCAGUUGGAGGACAUGUACAAGAAAUUGACGUAAUAGGAAUUCAAUAAAUUUUCAAACCGUAGGUGUCAGCCGCGGAGCGCCGCGCUGCAGGGGGACUUAACAUAAACCUUUACUAAUACUAAAUAUUAAAAUGACAGUUGAAAAUUGCAAACUAUUUGAGAGUUCGAUACCUGAAUUACAGGCUAAACCAUUGAGGAGGGCGAAAUGUACCGCACGCUGAUAAGGUGUUGAGAUUGCAAGCAAAAAAUGGGUCAAUUAGUGAGCUUGAAAAAGUCAAGUUUUGUUUUUGUGUUAUUGUUACUUAAUCUUUACGUUGUUCGUUUUCGUUGUGGUUUCUUUGUGAGGGCGCACGAGGACGAUGACGUGAACAUGAAGACAAACGAUUUACUUACUUAUAAAUGCAUUCUAGACAAUUUUAGACUAUACGAUACGAUUAGGUUUAAUUGAUUGUAGCAAAAGGAUAGCACCGCCACCGUUAAUUUAUGUUGUAUGUCAAUAAAUUGUUUUCAAAAAACCAA